CAAGAAGCUAUGGCAUUCUAAUACUUAACAAGGCCUAAGAAAACAAGAACAUUCUCUCUCUCUCUCUCUCUCUCUCACAGAGUGAGUUUUUGUGUUUGUGUGCGCGCGAAUUGUAGAAAAACUACGGUGAAGAGUCUAAGGAUGUCAUCAGAAACAAGGCCUCCUGUACCACCUUUGCAAUUCCGUAGGCACUCAAGUAGUCAUGAAAGCAAGAAUUUGAACUCACUGUCUAGCAGCCUGUUACCAGCUUUUGGAACAGUCGUGGAUGAAGGAUACUUGCAGCUCAAGAAAUAUGUUAUUGCUCCCUACGAUCGUAGAUACAGGUGGUGGCAGACAUUUUUGGUGGUGUUAGUCAUAUACUCAGCAUGGGCAUCACCUUUUGAGCUAGCUUUCAGAAAAGUCGCAACUGGCUCACUCAUGCCCGUGGAUUUAGUCGUAGAUGCUUUCUUUGCCACUGAUAUAGUCAUAAAUUUCUUUGUGGCUUACUUGGAUAAGUCAACUUAUCUCCUUGUAGAUGAUCACAAGAAGAUCGCCCUAAGAUACGUCAGAAAAUUAUGGCUCCCCAUGGACAUAGCCUCAACCCUGCCCUUUCCGUUACUAUACAGAAUCUUCACCGGCAGAAUGCAUUAUGGUGAGUUCUUUGGCUUCCUCAACAUGCUUCGCCUCUGGCGACUUCGGCGUGUCAGUGAACUCUUCACAAGGCUAGAGAAAGAUACACGUUUUAGCUACUUUUGGACAAGAUACUGUAAGCUGAUAUGUGUAACACUAUUCGCAGUGCACUCUGCUGGGUGCUUCUAUUACUGGCUUGCCAUCCAUCAUCAAUCAUUAAAGAAUACAUGGAUUGGAACAGAGGUCCAGGAUUUUGAACAAAAGAGCAUCUGGGUGGGCUACACCUAUUCCAUGUACUGGUCCCUUGUCACCCUCAGCACAGUUGGCUAUGGAGACCUUCAUGCAGUGAAUACAGCGGAGAAGAUUUUUAAUAUGUUUUACAUGCUAUUCAACAUAGGCCUCACAGCUUAUCUGAUUGGCAAUAUGACAAAUCUCAUCGUCCACAGUGCUGCCCGAACGUUUGCCAUGAGAGAUGCCAUCAAUGAGUUAUUGCAAUAUGCAAGCAAGAGUAGACUCCCAGAAAAUCUGAGAGAGCAAAUGCUGGCACACAUGCAACUAAAAUUCAAGACAGCGGAGCUAAAGCAGGAAGAAGUGCUAGGGGACCUGCCCAAGGCAAUAAGAUCCAGCAUUGCCCAGCAUCUUUUCCGCAGAACUGUUGAAAAUGUGUACCUAUUCAAUGGAGUCUCAGACGACCUCAUUAUACAGUUGGUGUCAGAGAUGAAAGCAGAAUAUUUCCCACCUAAAGUGGAUAUUAUCUUACAAAAUGAAAUACCAACAGAUUUCUACAUCUUAGUAUCAGGAGCAGUGGACAUGCUGACACACAAGAAUGGAAUGGAGCAGUUUUUGUCAAUACUAGGAUCGGCAGACAUGGCAGGAGAAAUUGGGGUAAUUUUCAACAUCCCACAACCGUUUACAGUGCGAACUAGGAGGCUGUCUCAGGUCAUUAGAAUCAGUCAUCAUGAUUUCAAGCAAUUGGUGCAGCCACAUAAUGAAGAUGGAAAGAAAAUUAUCUCAAACUUCAUUCAGAAUUUGGGGGGUUUGAAAAAAGAGGUGCUACAGGAAAUACCAUAUCUAACAGAAUUGCUGGGUGACAUGACAACAGAGCAUACAGCACCAAAUGAGGGCAAUGAAAAUCUUGAACAAUUGAGUAAUCAAGAAAAUCCAAAUGCAUUAGAAGCACAAGAAACUUCUAAAACAGUAUCAAGCACAUUUCCUAUAAGGGUGAUAGUCCAUGGACAUCCUCCAAAUGAAAAUGCAAUGAAAGACGACAUGAUGGGAAAGCUUAUAAAUCUGCCUGAAUCAGUAGAAGAUCUUUUCAGAUUAGCAGAGAAAAAAUUUGGCAAAAGGGGAAGUACAAUUCUCAUGGCUGAUGGAUCAGAAGUGGAAGAAUUGAGUGCUUUAAGAGAAAAUGAUCACUUGUUUAUCUUUUGAAGACCAAGAUUAUAUUUAACCAAAUGUCAAUGUAGAUAAUCCUUUGCUAUGAGCAAGUGAUGAUUUCAACCAUCUUCCAAGUAUUUUUGCGCAUGAUAGAGUCAUAAUAGAUAACAAGGGGAAAAAUGGACGUUAAGCAUGAAAUGUGGUGAGAAUAACCUCUUAUGUAUAAACAUGUGUCAUGGAACUCAUGGUAUUUAUGAAAAUCAUAUAUUCCGUUAA